CCCUGCUGUCUCUGGCUCACGGAACUUGUUUGGACCUUCUCAGUGCUUGAUUUCAUUAACGGUGUAUUUAUUAUUUCUUUAUGGUAUUGCUUGAUAUAUUUCUUUUGGUUUCGUUUUACUCUGGACUUGUUAUUGUUUGAGAGACCCAAGUGAAGUGAGAUUAUCGCAAGUGGUUUUGAUGAAUAUAUAAAAAAAAAAAACAAUUUGAGAUGAAAUAAUAUACAUAUUACGCCGCUCUUUUUUUCCGUUGGGAAAACUACCGGAUAUAAAACACAUAAUUAAAUAUAUGCAUAUUUAUCUACAUUGAUUGUUCAUCGUCCAGCACAUAACUUUAAGUGCAGCAAUAAUAAUGAAGUGUCCGGCAAUAAUCGGCUUUUGACGGUUGUUUCUCAAGUUAUUUUGCAAAUAGAAAGAAGGAAAGGUAGAAGGAAAAUUCUACUGUAGAACAAGAAUCGAUUCGAAAAAUGAAUUACAUCGCACAUUCUACUGAAAUAAAGCCCAUUCUUCGGCGUUCUUGAAAACUCACAUAUAAUGGUGAUGUAGGCUUGAGAAGUACCUUUGUUAUAUACAUAUAUAUCUUAUAUCACAAUCAAAACUAACAAAUAAAAAUUGCAGCAAAUACAAUCGAUAAGAUAAAUUACUGAAGAAAAGGAGUUGGAAGCCUAAGGUUGACCAUCAACCUCCCCCCCCUUUCAAUCCCAGCUCCCCCCCUCCCCCUCCACCUCACCCCCCCAAAAAAAAAAAAAAAAAAUCAUGCAGCUCAUUGGGAAAAAGUCUCCUCCCUCACCCUUUAUCCCAAGUCUUCCCUAAAGAAGGAAAAAAAUAAAAGGCCUUUGAACCAAAAUAAUACAAGAAAUAACGACCAGGCCGGCCCGAAAUAUGACGCCGCCGCCGCCCGCUGCCACUGCUCCGUCGUCAGCGCCUUCUGUCUCGUCUAACGGCCUGCUCGCUCUAUCUCUCGGCGACGCUCCUCCUCGCUGCUGUAGUUGUCGAGGGUUCCAACACUCCGGGCUUAGAAGAUGCUCCUUCUUCACCCAAGACACAGCAGGAUAUCUACGACGCAGCGCAAGACAUGUGGGCAAAGGCACUGGCACUGAACACGUUGGCACCCGAAUACCAGGGCCAGAACAACACAGAGGUUACCGCCCAGGUGGGAGGUGAAGCGACCUUUAGCUGCUAUACUUAUCACCUGUCUGACGAUAUGGUCACCUGGCUGAAGCGUGACGACGAUCAGCUGCUCACCGUUGGUCAGCAAGUGUACGUUGCCGAGAAACGAUUUUCCGCCGUCCACUCCGACCACACAGAGCAGGCUUGGGAGCUAUGGGUGAAGGACGUGCAGCUGGAGGACGCGGGCCAGUACGAGUGCCAGCUAACCACACACCCUCCAGUCUCGUUCUUCUUCACUCUCACCGUAACACAGGCCGAGGCGGUCAUCAGCGGUCCUGGCGUGGUCCACAUCGAGGAAGGGUCCCACUUGGCCUUCGAGUGCCACGUCCGCUAUGCCCCAGUCCCCCCCGUGUACAUCUUCUGGUAUCAUAACGGUACCAUGGUUAACUACGGUACUCAAAGGGCUUUACAGGUGGAGCACCACAACUAUACAAGCAGUCUUAAGGUGGCACGCGUAACAGCCUCAGAUGCCGGAACCUACACAUGUGAGCCCCACCUGGCCACGCCUGCUAAUGUCACUGUGCAUGUGGUGACAGGGAAAACUCCGGCCGCAAUGCAGCACGGCAGAAACCAGGAGGACGGGGUGAACGGGGCCGCCCACGCCCAACCCCGCCCUUGCGGCUUCUUCCUGACCUUCCGGGCCUGGGCGUGCGUGCUAGCCGCCCUCUGCGCCCUCCUGGCUGCCCCAGGAGGCGCCCUGCCCUCCGUGUAGAGCCUGCCCUCAGCGCCGGCGCCCUGCGAGGGACCUCCGUUCGCUCGCGUCAGAAAUGUGCGCGUAUACUGACGAGUUUCUCUGUGUGUACAGAUAGCUCUUGUACGGAUGUAUGUGCGUGAGUUGUGUGUGAUUGU